CAAGAUUAGGUAAACAGUCGCUGUCGCUUCAUAAGUUAACCCGACUGAAGUCUGCCACCACGGCAUUGACAUCCCUAGAAGACCGAGCCAUUCUUUGCUCAAGGCUCGAGCCUCCUUAUUGACUUGCGCAGGCGAUUAGUCGCAUGCGAGACAAGCGUCGUCGUUUGCCAACGCGCUGAACCAGCUUCAAUAACCCAUCUGGACUCCAACGUCAACAAAGAUGGCAUCUCUCGGCGAGAACUUGCUUGGGAUAGUCAACAAGCUCCAGGAUCUAGUCUUCAACACUAUCGGCAAUGACUCCCUCGACCUCCCACAAAUUGUCGUCGUUGGCUCUCAAUCCUCUGGCAAAUCAUCUGUGUUGGAGAAUAUCGUAGGAAGGGACUUUUUGCCCCGAGGCAGCGGUAUUGUCACUCGAAGACCCCUCAUUCUACAACUUAUCAACGUCCCAAGCGACAAUGACGCACCCGAAGGAAGCGAAGUAUAUGAACCCCAUACCCCCGCCAGUGUCGAGGCACAGGGCGAAUGGGGAGAAUUCCAUCAUAUCCCAGGGCGCCAGUUCACGAACUUCCAAGAUGUGAAACGCGAGAUUGAGAAUGAGACGGCGAGGAUUGCCGGGAACAACAAGGGUAUCAACAGAUCGCCCAUCAAUUUGAAGAUAUACUCGCCACAUGUGCUGAGCUUGACUCUUGUUGAUCUCCCAGGUCUCACCAAGGUACCUAUUGGCGACCAACCCAGCGACAUCGAGAAGCAAACACGAAACCUCAUCUCCGAGUAUAUCGCGAAGCCAAACAGCAUCAUCCUUGCUGUCUCUCCUGCGAAUGUUGAUAUUGUUAACUCCGAGGCCUUGAAACUGGCGAGACAUGUCGACCCCCUCGGCCGAAGAACUAUUGGUGUUCUUACAAAGAUUGACCUCAUGGACCAUGGAACGAAUGCGUUGGAUAUCUUGUCAGGACGAGUAUACCCGCUCAAGCUUGGCUUUAUUGGAGUUGUGAACCGAUCGCAACAGGAUAUCCAGGGGAACAAGACCCUCGCAGAGGCCCUGAAGUCCGAGUCCGACUUCUUCAGGCACCACCCGGCAUACAGAAAUAUGGCGAACAGAUGCGGCACACAAUUCCUAGCCAAGAGCCUCAAUACGACGUUGAUGUCUCACAUUCGUGAGCGUCUUCCCGAUAUCAAGGCCAGACUUAACACACUCAUGGGCCAAACCCAGCAAGAACUAGCAAGUUAUGGCGAUAUGCAUUUUAACGGCAAGGAGCAUAGAGGUUCCUUAAUCCUGCAACUCAUGACGCGAUUUGCGUCCUCAUUCAUAUCGUCUAUUGACGGUACGUCGACCGAAAUCUCGACCAAGGAGCUUUGCGGUGGAGCCAGGAUAUAUUAUAUUUUCAACUCUGUUUUCGGAAAUUCUCUCGAGACGAUAGACCCAACCACGAAUUUGUCUGCAUUGGAUAUCCGAACCGCUAUUAGAAACUCUACGGGACCAAGGCCUAGCCUAUUCGUCCCUGAGCUCGCAUUUGACCUCCUCGUCAAGCCCCAGAUCAAGCUGUUGGAAAUUCCCAGCCAACGUUGCGUCGAGCUUGUAUAUGAAGAACUCAUCAAGAUUUGCCAUACAUGCGGCUCUACGGAGCUGACCCGCUUCCCCAGGUUACAAGGAAAGCUUAUUGAGGUUGUGUCGGACCUGCUCCGCGAGCGCUUAGGCCCAGCAUCAAACUAUGUCGAAUCUCUUAUCUCUAUCCAACGAGCAUAUAUUAACACCAACCACCCGAACUUCCUCGGCGCGGCGGCAGCCAUGAGCCAUGUCGUCACCAAGAAGCAGGAGAACGAGAAGAAGAAGCUUCUCCAAGAGGAGCGCGAGAGGCGCGAGAAAAGACGCCAAAAGGAGCUUGGCGCUGCAAAUGGGGUUGACGGCGCCGAGGACGAAGACGAGGUCUCCGAGAAAGCUGAGGGCCUGCCCCACCGCUCAAAGAUGCACAAGUCCGGACGCAGCACCUCGCCCCACGUCCGCCAGAACGGCACCUCCGCCAGCAUCGCUGAGCGCAUCAAUGGACAGCGCGCCAGCUCGCCGACACGAUUCGGUACGCAGGCUAACCCGAAGGAUUCUUUCCUCAACUACUUCUUUGGCAAGGACGGUGCUCCGGGCGGUGGACCGGGUGUUGGACAAGCUGCGUCGUCGGCGCAGAAUCCAAAUCUCGGCCGCCACGUCAGCCAGAGCACUGAGCCGAGCAUUACGCAGAGCAUCAGGAGGCAGGAAGAGCGGAACACACACCGCAGCCCAGCUCAGCAGACGCGCGAUGAAGAUUACGCCAGAGAAUAUGAUUAUAGUUCCCCAUUCGGCAACAACACCGAGCCAGCGCUCACAGACAGAGAAGCUAUGGAAACGGAGCUCAUCCGCGCGCUCAUCUCGUCCUACUUCGACAUCGUGCGCGAGUCCAUCGCCGACCAAGUCCCCAAGGCCGUGAUGCACCUCCUAGUCAACCACUCCAAGGACGUCGUCCAGAACCGCUUAGUCAGCGAGCUGUACCGCGAGGACAUGUUCGAGGAGCUCCUCUACGAAGACGACGCCGUCAAGAAGGAGCGCGAAAAGUGCGAGAGACUGCUCAAGACUUAUCGCGAGGCGGCGAAGAUCGUCGGCGAGGUCUUGUAAGGCUAGAUAUUGUGUGAGGAUAUGUGUGUAGGUAUCGGCGUAAAGGGCUAGUCUUGCAUCCAUUGUUAUGUUUAUGGUGGAUAUGUUUUUAUACGGCGCAACAGACGCAGCUCUGUAGAAUAGUGUAUCCUAUUUUGGGUUCAUCAUUCUUUGUUCGUUUGGAAUUAUGCGUGUCUCUAGAGGAGGCUGUAUACUUCUGCUUUUUGAACUAUAGUAGUGAAUAUCCUGUACUUUGGGCUCAUUCAGGGACGGCAUGGUUUCUCGUGCUAUGUUUCAUUGACUCGUGUAUAUAUAUUGUGACAUGCAAAUAAGUUUCAUAUGAUGGAGAUAAUUUGGGUGUUUAUUAUAUUUCUGACGCCAGAAAAUAUACACAAAUAAAAUUUAUUAUAAUCUA